UGCAAUUGCAAACUUAUGGAAACAUUCCAGUCCUUUAUUAUCGUUAUGCAUUUCAUUCUGAGACAGCCUAACGUAUAACCUUCCACAUAAUUAUUUGCAAAGCGACCUUAUAAUUAUAUGAAACACAAGGGGGAAUUGACUCAGUCCACAGAAUGAAAAAUGAAAACGUUUGUAUGUGUAUAUGAGAUAGUGAGAAAACAAACUGUUAAUAAUUACUCUAAACUGAAAAAUUAAAAUACAGCUGUAUAAUUUGCAAAGCCGGUUUGGUUAGUAUGUUUGGUUAGUAAGGAAACCUAAAACAAUGGCUGAUAGAAAUGGCCGUGAACAAGAGUACAUCUUCCAAAAUGUGCAACUCUUCAAGAAUGACACCCUUGGUACUGGCUCCUAUGGGGCAGUGUGUAAAGCCAAGUGUGACCAGCUACUCUGUGCUGCCAAGCUACUCUAUCCAGUGCUCUUCCAAAUGAUUGCUCCCGAUCCUGGCAAAGAACAUAGACACCCGUUUAGAAGAUUCGAAACAGAGUGUGCAUUUCUGAGUCGCAUCAACCACCCCAACAUUGUACAGUACCUAGGGACGUAUCGCGAUCCCGACACAAAUGCACCAGUUCUUCUCAUGGAACUCAUGGACGAGAGUCUGACACACUUCCUGGAGUCAUCACCUGGAGACAUUCCCUAUCACAUCCAAAUCAACCUCUCCUAUGACAUAGCUCAAGCACUUACCUUUCUCCACUCCAAUGGGAUCAUCCAUCGCGACCUCUCCAGUAACAAUGUCCUACUGAUUGCAGGCAGUCGAGCCAAAAUCACCGAUUUCGGAAUGUCCAAAUUCAGGGACAUAAACGUCAAUCGACUAGCUACAAUGACCACAUGCCCGGGAACACCAGCCUUCAUGUCACCCGAGGCACUAAACGAACCACCAGUGUACACAGAGCAUCUAGACAACUUCUCAUUUGGUGUUUUGCUAGUUCAGAUCACAACUCGACACUUUCCAAAGCCAACUGAUCGAUUUGAAACAAGAGAAGUGUUUGAUCUACAAUUUCCGAAUCAAGCAAUUCGAGCGUAUGUUCCAGUACCUGAGAUAGAUAGAAGACAAUUUCACAUCAGACUAAUUGAGCCCACCCACCCUCUACUGCCGAUUGUUCGUCACUGCCUCAAAGACAGAGAUGUUGAACGACCAUCUUCCCAUGAGCUUUGCCAAACACUACAUGCUCUCAAGAGGACACCACGGUACCAAGAAAGCUCACAAGAAGACCUGUACCAGAUGCUCAGAGAGAAAGAUGAACAAAUUACAGCUAAAGGUGAACAAAUACAAGCAAAUCAAGAGAUUAUAAUAGAAUACCAAGAAACAAUCAUCCACAAAAAUGAACAGUUACAUACAAAAGAAAUUGAAAACGAUCAACUAACUAUAAGACUAGGGCAACAAACACAAGAAAACCAAACCCUUCAACAUGAGACUGAAGCCAGGGAGAGACAGCUGAGGAGACUCAACCAAGAGUUGCAAUCAAGCGAAGAGAAUACUGCUGCCCUCCAACAAGCCAUCGAUCAACGAGACAGAGAAGUGACUCAACUGAGACAAAUGUUGGCAAGCAAGAACGAGGAAAUUCACGAUUUAUCAACUCGAAUGCACCAAGUCGCAUUGCAAGAUGAGCAAGAUAUACCAAUACAACCUGUUACACUAGAGUCACUACCUGAUGCACCUGUUGGUAUGAGGUAUGGAUCAUCAGCUGCAAUUAGAGACAAGGCAUACUUUAAUUCAUACGGAAGCAAAACUGUCUAUGAGUUUAGCAACAAUCAUUGGCACGAGUUACCACUUUGCCCUAACACAGGGUACUUCACUAUUGUGAGUGUUGAUGACAUGCUCACAACUGUGGGGGGAGUGUCAAGCACACAGCGCUAUAGUAACAAACUCUACAGCUACAUUAACAACGAAUGGGUCAAACACUUCCCUCCCAUGCCAACCGGACGGUGGAGAUCUGGAGCUGUGUACGCUAACAACACACUUGUAGUGGCUGGGGGAUAUUAUUUAAGGAUUUUAAAUACAGUCGAAAUAUUAAACACUGCUAAUAUGCAAUGGUCUAUUGUUAGCUCACUACCUGUGCCAACCAAUCACACAUCAACAACGAUCUGUGGAGACUAUGUAUACAUACAUCCACGAGCUAGUGAUGACCAAGAAAAGUAUUCAGUAUACAAAUGCUCAUUAAGACAACUAACUCAGUCCCAGCCAGGCUCAGAUAUAUGGGAGAAUAUUGCCCCUUUGCCAGUUAGCUAUUCCUCUCUUGUAACCGUCAAUGGCCACCUGCUGGCAGUGGGUGGGAGGAACAUAGAUGACAAUAAUGAAAUAUAUCAGUACAACGAGACAUCAUGGACUGUCGUUAGUAAAAUGUUAACACCUCGAUCAGUAUGCUACACUGCUGCCCUCCCUGGGAACAAACUGAUGGCGGUGGGAGGAGAUGAUACAUGGAGAAAAUGUGAAAUAGUUACUUUUGUAUAGUGCCUAAGUUAUUCUUUUGCUUAUUGUAGUGUGCAAUACAAAAUUAUUGAUUAUGUUGAAAG